AUGAGUUAUGAUCUUGAACUAGUAGCUGAGCCCAAUGGUGACAGUGUUGUUGUUGAAACUUGUGUGAUUCAGGAUGACUCUGAAACCGUAGCAAUGAUCAAGGAACUCUUAGAAACACGCAUCAGACCAGCAGUCCAAGAUGAUGGUGGGGACAUUGAGUAUUGUGGGUUUGAUCCGGAAAGCGGUAUAGUGAAGCUGAGGAUGCAAGGAGCUUGUAGUGGUUGUCCGAGCUCAUCGGUUACUUUGAAAUCGGGAAUCGAAAACAUGCUAAUGCAUUAUGUAUCCGAGGUGAAAGGUGUAGAACAAGAGUUCGAUGGGGAAGAUGAAGAGGGAACAUUGUCUGGAGAGGUGAGAGUAGAGUAAGAGACCUCCUCUAGCUAAUCCUCUUUGCUCUUUAGUGUACAGAAGAAUAAAUCCCAGUGAGUGCACUUUUUUCUUCAACCCUUGGUGUUGUUUCUGGGCUUUUGAAUCACACUCAAGAAUCUAUCUACUGAGAGAUGAGGGUUGAUUUGUUUUGUAACUUUUGUUAACCUACACUUGUUUUGAUUAUUUGAGGUUAACCAAAGAAAGAUGUACCAAAAUAUUUGAAAUUUCCAGAGUAUUAUAACGAUUUUACAAUAAAAAUUUUACAAUAAAACAGUAGUAAAAGUUGUUAGUUUUGACU